AUGCCUCAUGCACUCUCCACGCCCCAGACGGGUUUCCAGGCCCUGAUCCUUUGCGGUCCAGGAGGCAGUCUCAACACCUUCACCACGGUGCCUGCCGAGCACCCCAAAGCCCUAAUCACCCUUGCAAACAGGCCCAUGGUAUGGUAUGUGCUGGACUGGUGUUAUCGCAUGGGCGUCACCAACAUCACCCUGAUCACCCCGCCAGAAUCCGAAACGACCAUCUCCGCCGCUCUGGCGCAAAACCCAUAUCUGACCUCCCUGCCAUCACCAUCCCCGGACAUCCUUGCUCCGGAGGGCCUGGACCACGAAACCGGCACCGCCGAGCUCCUACGCCUUCCCCAGGUCCAGGCAUGUAUAGUGAGUGACUUCAUGCUCUUACCAUGCGACCUCGUUUGCCAUGUACCCGGGGAGACCUUUCUGGAAACAUGGAUGGCUCAUCUUGGCGGUCUUGGAGGGGCAAUUGAUGGCACCGAGCUCGAGGUGCCGGGGCCAAAGCGUGUUGGUUUAGGUGGGGAAAAGGGCGGUCGUCGAGGCGGGCUGAGCGUGUGGUACUCGACCGUGGAGCGAGAGGAAAGCGUCAAAGAUGAGGAAUGUGACUUCUUCGCUACGGCAGCGCUGGACCAGGAGCAUGACGCGCCUCUAUCAAAGAAUGACCCUGACAGCAGGAAUCUACAGGGAGUGUUACGGAAACUGGUCUGGGCGAUGCCCAUGUCUUCAUUGAUGGAUGAGUGCGAGGAGAGCAAGGACCGAUCAUGGCACAUCCGAUCGAGUCUGCUUGCCAGGUACGGUUCGAUCAAAUGCCUGACCAAAUUCCGAGAUGCACAUAUUUACCUCUUCCCAUACUGGGUCAAGGAUUUUGCGCGGCUGAACGACGACUUUGACAGCGUCAGUGAAGAUCUUGUGGGGACAUGGGCCAAGGCGGAUUGGCGGAAGCCGGCUUAUCGAGCCCGACACACGGGGCGAAAGAGUUGUUCGGUCGGAAGAGCAAUGCGCUGA